ACAUACUUGAACAUCACACUGCUGGAUCGCCCCAUAACGGGUAGUUUUAUCUGAAGCAAUACCGUGACGCUGGGGUGUGCGAGAUGGUGCUUAGUGUUAAUUUCAUAGCACCGUUCUGGGGUGAGUGUGAACGUUAUGGGUUUAUUGAUGGGAUUACAAGAUGGUGUAUGGCAAUUGGCAGGAUUUGUGUUUUCAACAGCACUCGUUGGUAUCUCUGUCGUGCAGGGGUACAUAUAUUUCGCCCGCAACAAACAUGGUCAUUGGGCUUCAAAGUCACUCGUUAUUCUUCUUUUAUCCAGCUACUAGUUUGCUGUUCGCACACACCAUAUAUUAUUAUUUUGUGUGUCAUUUGUCCUUUUCCUUCGUGUUUCGCUAAUAUCAUCACUCAUCCUUUUACAAGCUCAUAAAUUUUGGGAAUUAUCGCGUUUUUUCAAAGGUCACCAGCUCGUGGUGUGCGGAAAAUGCUAUCACAUCUAUCAUUGUUUGGAUAGUCCAGCUAUAUUUUGCCCUUAGAAUAUAUCAACUAGACAAGCAGCACCCACUUCUACCUCGUCCUAUUCUCAAUUGGAUGAUACCUGCCUUUGUGGUAUUUUUAGCCUUUGUCUCAUUUGCCUUGGGGAUAGCCAGGACAGCGUUCAUGGUCUUUCAAACUACCAAUCACUUAGCCACGUUAAGUGUAACGCUGGUGGUUGACAUGGAAGAAGGAUGUGCGGUUAUUUGUGAUAUCAUCACCACCUCAGCAUUAUGCUAUAUGCUUUCUCCCAUUCGUAGUUCAACAAGGAAGAGAUCUCCUGUCAGGACUGUAUUCAUCUUUCUCAUAGAUCGUGGAAUUCUCGUAAAUGUCGUACAACUUGGAACGUUGGUCACAUAUUCUUACGCUCCAAAUAAGCUUUACUGGAUGUCGUUCCAUUUAUGCAAGAGUAAGGUUUACAUCAAUACUUUUUUCGCCAUGGUAAACUCUCCCGAGAACCAACCAUCUAGCGCCAAUACACGACCAUCCUCCAAACUCGAGUUCAGACGUAGCAUCGUCGUGAUGCCUGCCAUAAGUUCGAAUGCCAACCAUGAUACGCCAAGCGUUUCCACUUCUGAUAUGACGAAUAAUUACUAUGAGACGGACAUGGCGGCGCCUGAGGCUUAGGGUAUGAUAGGCCAGGGGCAACGGUGCUAGUGGAACGAUCCUGGACUUGCUAAAUCGUUUCAACAUUUUUGUUUUGCCAUCAUUGAAUGACACGUUCAAAUCACGUACACGAGUAGGCGAAUGCCUGCGAUACGAUCUGCUGUUUAGUUGUAUAUCUCGGUGUCAACACAAUAUUGUUGAUGACUGAAUUACCUGUAAGCUGAAUAUGUGUAUAUGUAAAUAUAGUAUAUCAGCUAACUAAUGAGUAAAUAUAUGGUACUUGGGGCAAUGCUUGACCUGAGCCGCU